CGAAGCGUCGAGCGAGAUCGGAAAACAAAGACAAUGGAUUUUUAUUAAUGUAAAUUGUAAGGUUAAAACUUUAAGAUAAAUCAUCCAAAAUGAGUGGAACGAUCAUCGAAAAUCUAAGCGGGCGUAAAUUAGCCGUGCUCAUGACUUUUUUGAUGCUGUGUCAACUAACAUGUUUCCUCAUAGGAGGUUUGGUCGCGCCCAAGCCAGCGAGUUUCCAAAAUAUACUUGCAACAGUGUGCAAAGAUACUUCAACAGUGAAAAAUGACACGACUAAGUGGUUCUACAAUCGCGGCAAGGGAUCCUGCAAGACCAUCGAACUUGAGAACUUGCAUCCCGACAUUUCCGAAACGGAUAUAGUGUUCGCAUUUCAAAUGCCGAUACCGCGUGAAAGCAAGAUUUUGGACUACUCGCGAUGGCAGCAAAACUUGAUCGGCGUAUUACAAAUUGACAUCGCUCAUGAUUCGCAAAUGGAAGUAAAGUCACGGAGCGUCGUUACCAUAGACGCACGACUGGCUUAUAGGAACAAAGGGGAUCCAGACGAUGAGUGGAAAUUAUACACUCAAUCUACCGUAAAACGCUAUCUCGACUGCGAUGCCAGUAUAGAAACUAAUGCUUAUUUACAUAACUGUGCGCCUAUACCACUUUUUGAGCUUGGUUCACUGUUCCAUGAUUACUAUUUACUCAAUGUGAGACUCCCAGUUGAUGCUCCUGACAUGAACACCAAUUUAGGACACAUUCAAGACAUGUGGCUGACUGCCAUCAAUCAAAAUGGAGGAUUCACCAAAGUCUGGGUGUCACUGAAGACAGCUUUCUUCCCUUGCAUCAUUGCCAUACUUGUGUGGUUUUGGAGACGCAUACAUAUGUUGGAGCGCAAGCCAGUUUUGUUGGAAAAGAUGUUGCUCAGCUUAGGAAUAGCAGUUUGUGUACUAAACAUGCCACUGGAGUACUUAACGUUACAUUAUGAUCUACCGUUUAUGCUUCUACUAGGUGAUAUGAGAGAGGGAGUGUUUUACGCAAUGUUAUUUUCAUUCUGGCUAGUUUUUGCUGGGGAACACAUGUUAAUACAAGAUGCAUCCGCACAGAGCUCCCUGAAGCAAUAUUGGCGUCACCUCAGUGCAGUGGCUAUUGGUUGCACGUCCUUAUUCAUUUUCGACAUGUGCGAACGAGGGGUGCAAUUAAGGAAUCCAUUCUAUUCCAUAUGGGUGACUGAUAUUGGAACAAAUCUUGCUCUUACAUUUAUAAUAUUGGCUGGUAUAUCUACUGGAGUGUAUUUCCUGUUCUUGUGCUACCUGGUCUGGCAAGUUUUUAAGAACAUUUCACACAAACGCCAGUCUCUACCUACAAUGUGUUCAGUGAGGCGUUUGCACUAUGAAGGAAUCAUUUAUCGCUUCAAAUUCUUGAUGUUGGCUACGCUGCUGUGUGCUGCGUUGACUGUAGUCGGAUUUAUACUGGGACAGGUGGCUGAAGGCCAGUGGAAAUGGGACGAGAACAUCAAACUGGAGUAUACGUCAGCAUUUUUCACUGGGGUCUAUGGGAUGUGGAACAUUUACAUAUUUGCUCUGUUGGUACUAUAUGCACCAAGUCACAAACGUUGGCCUGUCAAUGAGAAUACUUCAGACACCCAGAAUUUGAGUGAGGAGAUUGAAUUCAACCGUUUGCCAGUGGAAAGAAGUGAGAUAUCAUCGUUGACAUCAUUUAUAAGGAAGGCUACAAUUGACUAGAUAUUAUGUUAUACAAACAUUUUACCAAACUUGUCUAAUCUAAUAAGAAAGAGUAAAGCAAAUUUGCAUCAGUGUAUUUUUAAAUUUAGAAUAGACUGGCUUGGACUCAUACAUUGUAUUGAAGCAUGUUAUCUUACUGUGUCUUCUAGGAACCAACUGUGUACUCCAAUAUUUAGUAGGAAGUCUCCAUAUAAGGAUGUAGCCGUGUAGUUUGAGCAAUAACCCUAAUAACCUAUAGAUUUAAGUGUAGAUCUUUUGAUAUAAGUUUACUCAAUUUAUGUCGACUCGAAUAUUUUCAAUGUUACUGACUUUAACUCUAAAUUCAAUGCAGUUGUAUUGGUCUAUUUUUGUAAAGCUCUCAAUAAGUAUGACUCAUAGUCUGCUACCUAAGUCUGAUUCACAUAGAACAGGUUUUUUGACCUUGUCUUUCCAUUAAGCCGUGCUUCCAAAUUAAGCAUUUAGGAUAUAAAUUGCCAAUUUGUUACUUAUGAUUUCUGUGAUAGCUUUUGAACUAUGCAUUUAUUCUCAGUAUUGCUUAAUUUAGUUUCUUUUUAUUUAUACAAUUGUGUUGCCAGUAUUUGCAUGUUAUUUGUAAGUUUUUAAUUGUCGUAGUUAUAUAAAGUAGCCCGAUGGGAUUUGUACGCAAUUAAAAUAAUAAAGUUAUUUAAAUUCGAAUUGUUAUUUUUGUUAUUCGAACGCGGCAAAUAUUUUCUUUCUAAUUUGAAAAUAUUUCCCGCUAUUUCAUUUGUUAAUGACGUCACAAUUAGUUAACCUUGUUACGGAGGUAAGUGUUAACAUAACACAUUAUUUUUACGUAUUACCCGAGUAAGUACAUUUGAUUGACACUUUGAAUAUAACCAUAAACAAUCACAUUAGAAAUCUUAAAAAGUAAAUAAGAAACCCGGCACUUUCGUUAGAAAGGACAGAGUUUAUAAAUUGCCAGAAGGAUUUUUAUAUAUGUUAAAUAUAAAGAUCAUAUCAUAGAUCAUACUUAACCUUGUAAUCGAGUAUAAUGAAGCAUAAACACUAUUAUGCAGACUUAAACUCCUUCAAUAUGGAUGCAGUCUGCAGAUUAAAAAAUCUUUCUGGCUUAGAAAUUUUCUUGAAGAUAUCAUUUAUGGAAAAUGUAAAUAAGUAAUACAGAAUAGGCUAUUAAUAAAAAAAUACUUUUAUCUGAAUUAUACGAUAUUUUGGAAAUGACAAAUACGAUAACCCAUUUACACUCUAGUGUCACUUUUUAAUCAAAAUCCAUAAAUGAUCCUUUCAUAGAUAAUUUUUAAAGUAAGAUGUAUUUGUGAAAAAAUCUUGAAAUAAGUUGUUGGUACAUAAUUUCUUAGCUUUGCCAAAAAUGUUUAACAGUCUGGACUUCAGAUAUUAUUGAGAAAUCCUCUUUCUAUUUGGACUUAUUGAAUCUGAAC